AUGUUUGCAUUAGCUAUUCCUUAUAAUCACUGGACUCACAAAGAGAACAGAAUUGGCUUUGUAGUUAUAUAUUCACUGACAUUUUUCUUCUCCAACUUCGGCCCAAAUGCAACAACGUUUGUUGUCCCAGCAGAAAUUUUCCCUGCCCGACUAAGAUCAACCUGCCACGGCAUAUCUGCUGCAGCUGGAAAGGCUGGUGCUAUUGUAGGAGCAUUUGGUUUCUUGUAUGCAUCACAGCCUAAAGAUCUGAGCAAGAGAGAUGCUGGCUAUCCAGCAGGCAUUGGUGUGAAAUAUUCGCUCAUUGUACUCGGCUGCGUCAAUGCAUUGGGAAUGUUGUUCACUUUCUUAGUGCCGGAAGCAAAUGGAAAAUCACUGGAGGAGGCAUCAGCAGAAAUCUUCCCUGCCCGAUUAAGAUCAACCUGCCAUGGCAUAUCUGCUGCUGCUGGAAAGGCUGGUGCUAUUGUAGGAGCAUUUGGUUUCUUGUAUGCAUCACAGCCUAAAGAUCUGAGCAAGAGAGAUGCUGGCUAUCCAGCAGGCAUUGGUGUGAAAUAUUCGCUCAUUGUACUCGGCUGCGUCAAUGCAUUGGGAAUGUUGUUCACUUUCUUAGUGCCGGAAGCAAAUGGAAAAUCACUGGAGGAGGCAUCAGGUGAAAAUGAAUUGGAUGAUGAUGAGAUAACAGAGCAGACUGCUCCUUCCCACAGGACUGUUCCAGUUUAA